AUGUCAUCAUCCCCUUUCCCUUCUUGUUUCCGUCCAUCUCCAACCACCGACGACAUCCGUAACUCUCCACCACCUCCGCCGCCCCCGCCACCGCAUUCCACCAACCCUAACCUCGCCACCUAUCUUUACCAAACGGACAUAGGCUUAGUUUCUUUGACUUGGUCACGUUCCAUUCUCGGUCGUUCUCUCCACGUUCAACUCCAUCACCAUCCUUUCGAUUCUCCACCGAAUCCUUCUUCUUCCUCCUUCCAUCUCCACAUCAAACCCUUCGUUUUCUGGAAGAAACACGGAACCAAAAAGCUCUCUGCAAAUACUCACUUGUUCUGGAACCUCUCCAAAGCCAAGUUCGGGUCAGGACCCGAACCAAACUCCGGUUUCUACGUCGCGGUUGUCGUCGACAACGAGAUGACGCUUUUGGUAGGAGAUUCAAACAAAGAUGCUUACGCAAAAUCCAAAUCCAAAUCCAAAGAACCGAAGAAUAAUCAUAGUCAGUAUUUGGUGAUGAAGAGAGAGCAUGUUUACGCUAACAAAAUCUACAACACGAGAGCGAGAUUCGGCGGUAAAAUGAGAGAUAUUCAGAUAGAUUGCGGUGGGAGAGAUCACUCGAAGCUUUGUUUCAGUGUUGAUGGAGAGAAAGUGUUGCAGAUUAAGAGACUGAAAUGGAAGUUCAGAGGAAAUGAAAGAGUUGAAAUAUCUGGUGUACCUGUUCAGAUCUCGUGGGAUGUUUAUAACUGGUUGUUUGUGAAAGAUAACAGCGAGGGACACGCGAUUUUCAUGUUCAAAUUCGAAGAAGACGAAGAGGAACAACAUCAACAACAUCAAAGUAAAGAGAAAGGUUUGAUGAAUCUGUGGACACAGCAGAAUAUGAAUUUGGGAGGUUAUGAGAUUGGGAAAAUGGGUAAGAGUUGGUCUUCUUCGUCGGUUUCCAUGGCUUCUUCAGGGGGAUCUUUUGGUGCAAGUUCAUCGGUGUUGGAAUGGUCUAGUGUUGAGGAGAAUGAACUGGUUGUUCCUGUUGGGUUUUCUUUGCUUGUUUAUGCUUGGAAACGAUGA